AAAGCUUUAAAAUCUUCCGAAGUAGACACUGCGAAUGAAGUGAAGAUGCUUCCAAGAAACGGAUACCCGCCUGGCUACGAGGAGUUCGAGGAGGGCCUGAAUGAUCCCUUAGCGAACGUCGAACAAUUCAACAUCAUCCAAUUUCUUCAAAACGACGUAGACUUCAAUCUUCCAAUAGAAGCAUUUGAACAAGGAAAUAUGGAUCAAAAUAUUCGAAUUGAUCCUAUUUUACAACGCCAGCAAAUGGCAAACCAACCUAUGCUGAUGCCUCAGCACAUGCUUCAACAACUUCAUCAACAACAAAUCUAUGAGCAACAACUUGCAUCAAUGCCGAUGACACCAGCCAUCACAGAUUUGACUCGUCAUGGAUCAUCGUCCUCCCCGUCAACCACCAACUCUGAUCCACCAUACUCACCAGAAGGUCUUAACAAUUUCGGACUAGGAACACAACGUCCAAACCACGGAGUGAUUCCAAACGAUAUCUCAAAUGUGCCACAACACAUCAAUCGUCAAUUCAAUCCCAGAAUGGGACCGAACACAUCACCAAAUCCACCUUCAUUCCCACAAUUUCUCAACAGUAACCAUCCAACGCCAGGAAGUUAUGUUCAGUCAAUUUCCCCAGACAGUAACGGUCAAGGAUUCGCACAGAGCAAUUUGUACAAUGCAUUGAACGUUUCUAGUGAUGAAAGUAUUAAUGGCUCCGAUGACAUCCCAAAUCGCAAACGCCCCCGUAUGGACCAGAAUAUGGAUCCCAGCUUCAUCAUGCAUGCUCCAGUUUCUGGAAAACUCGGGGCGGAAGUCACAGAAGAAGGCGGACAGCCAAACAUCCGUUUCUUUAAGUAUCAAGAGGAACAAUGGUGCCCAAUGUAUGAUGCAAAUGGAGAAGAGUUGGGUCGUCUCCAAGUGCACGUUCUGGCAGACAAAGGAUUCAAUUAUUCCACAAAUGAUAACUGCUUUGUUAAUCAAAAGAAAAACCACUUCCAGGUCACUGUCAAAAUUGAGGCGAUUGAUCCAUCACCACCACAGUGCUUCAAAAUUAACGGAGUAUGCAAACCAAUUGAGAAUUUCCAACUUUCAUUCGUGGGCGCGAAGUCGGAGUCUCAAAACUCAGAAAUCCCCAUCCGCCAGUCUACGACUGAGCGCAAACCUAUAUUGCAUACACCAGUUCUUUUCAAAAUUGUCGAACGCCGAAUGACCAUUGUGACAGUUCCAAGACUUCACUUCUCGGAAACUACACUGAACAAUCAGAGAAAGAACUUGCGUCCAAACCCGGACCAGAAGUACUUCAAUCUUGUUGUCCGUCUAUACGCAACUGCCACUGAUGGAACAACUGUAUUGAUGCAGGCAUUCGCCUCGGAGCGUGUUAUUGUUCGGGCAACCAAUCCCGGAUCAUUUGAACCUCCAGAAAUGGUAGACGCGAGUUGGAACAAGAAUGGAGGAAUCUUGAGCACAAAUGGACCUGUUGUCAUUGGAAAAUCAGAGCCAAGAGCACAACUAACCGUCGAUGGAGAUAUUUACUCAAGCGGCCGUGUUAUGUAUCCAUCUGAUAUUCGUCUUAAGGACAACAUCACUGAAAAGGGAGCCAAGGAUGCUCUGGAAAAUUUGCAAAAGCUGCGUAUUGUUGAUUACUUCUACAAACCGGAGGUUGCAAGUAAAUGGGGAUUAACCGAAGAUCAGAGGAAACGAACGGGAGUUAUUGCUCAAGAGCUGGCGGCGGUGCUUCCAGACGCAGUGAAAGAUCUGGGAGAUUACCUCACUGUCAACGAGUCUCGUGUCUUCUAUGAGACAGUUUUGGCAACUCAGGAACUGUGCCGUCUGACUGGAGAUCUUGAUCAGAAAAUUGAUGACAAAGUUGCUGAGAUUAGUCAGCGACUCACUCAGUAUGCACAGAAAAAGAAAAUGCUCAACUCAAUGGCAUCUGGACUAAAUUCUGAAGGAAGAUCUCUGAAUGCUUCUAGAACAUCACUUGAUUCAUCCGCUUCUGCUUUAACUCUUACAAACACCAAAAAGAACCGCCGUUCAUCCAGAAAAGACAAAAAAGAUGCACCAAAAUCUAAAAUGACUCAUGGAACCGUUAUCGGAUUAGUUGGAGUAAUGGCAUUCUGUCUUCUUGCUAUGUCUGCGCUUUACAUUCUUGACUGGCACAAUCGUAACUUCGGAUAUCAUCAUUUCACACCAUCUGCUACCACAUCGGGACCAAAGGAAGGUCCAGGAAACGUCGUUAUUCCAUUGGAUCACUAUGUACCCCUGAGACAACCGGAUGCACCGCCACUAGUUCCUUUUUGUCCAAUGGAAACGUGUCGUGGAUAUUGCUGCAUGGAAUAUGACAAAGACCACGCUGAGCUGGAAAUUACUGAAUAUGAUCCAAAUACCGCAACUGACAACGACUUUGGGUUCAAAGCAGAUACUCGUUCCGAUUUCACACUUAAAGGGUUUGGUAACAACGUGAAAAUUUCACUACCUGAAUUAGGAAUGCAAAUUGAUGAGCGUUACUGCAUCGAAAAAAGCUGUGUCAAGAAGAGGAAGGUGUACAGUCUCUUUAUUCCAAUGACUCGAUACCUGCCAAAUGUUCCACUGGAGGUUCAGAUUGAUGUCCCAUCUUCCAAGGUGGUCAACAACUGUGGCUACAUCCAGGAAUUUGACAACAGAAAAUGCGACGAAACAGGAAGCUCGUCCACAGAAACGGAUGCUCCAAGAUCGAUCCAACUGUUUGAUAACACGUUCCAAGUCAGUGCAGGUCAAUGGACUCAAUCAGCUUAUCGCUUCCGUGUGGGUUACUCUACCGAACUCUGCUCGAUCGACGAUACUCAUUUUGGAGGAUUCUACGAGGAAUACAAUCUUAUCUUUUACCGCGCGUGCAAUAGAACAAACUCAACUGCUAUUAAUGUCGUCUAACAUCAGAGAUAAUCACACAAUAGAUACCAAUUUUUCUCUCCCACCAUUCAAAUACAGUGUACUUCCAUAUAUAUCAUAAAACAUUCCGGUUGUAUGAUACGUAGCAAUAACCCUUCGUAGCAGAGUAUCCGCCCUAAUUAAAUCUGAAAAUUGGAAAUCCAUGGAUACCGAUACACCGGUUUGUCAUAUUCCUUUUUUCUUAAUGUACUCAUCACUGAUAGCCAUCAUCCAAAACUAAACACUUUUUACUCCUCUCAUUUUACGUGACGCAUUUUCUCACUGAUCUUUACAUUGUUGCAUGUAAAAAAUGCCCAACUCUCUCUCCCUCCCACUCUCUCUCUCUCUUUCUCUUGUCAUUUUCCAAACAUUUUCUUUAAAGUCUCUCCUUCUGAAAUUUUUGGAUACUAUGUUAUCAUGUUAUUUUGUACUUACCGUACUCAAUGGCCAUUGCCAUCCUCGGCCCAGUGUUUUAUUUUGCGUCGUGCUUGUGUAUUUAUCGCAUUCUUCUCAUUCACUCUCUUCCUCCAAACUUGUAGCAUCUCGCUUUGUUCAUGUAGUUGUUGUACGCGUACGUUGAAAAUAAGUUUAAGAAAAAGUCAAUAAUUUUUAUCCGUUGUCCUCUUAGUUUUCCAUUUGAUGUCAUUACUGUUAUUUAUAAAUACUCAUCAAACUUGUUGUAUGUGAGUAUUGCAUAUGCGCCAACAAACCUCCUCAUCCCUACACGCCCACAACGGAAAACAGUUUGGACUUUUUUGUUUUGAAAAAUCGUAUCUCAUCACACACGCCCUGAUGUUUGUAUUUUAUUUUGAUGAACUGCAACAAUAAUAACUGUGUCGACUCAAUAAAUCGUUUU